CACACAAUGAUCCAUGCAAGUCACCACCUUCCAUCACAUUGACCCACAGAAGAAAAAGAAAAGAAGAAAGAUUAUUUUUUCUUGGGCACUUCCCAAGUUUUCUUUUUUCUUCUACGAACUUUUUUUGUGGGCAUUUCAUUAAACAAAAAAACUAUAUUUCUUUUUGUUUCAAUAUUUGCUUUAAAUUUAUAAAAAUGGGAAACUGUUUGAAUGGAGGAAACAACGUUACGAGAGAGGUUCAAGAAGAACAAGAAGUGAAGAAAGAUAACAACAGAAAAGAUCGGAAAGUGAAGAUUGUUCUGAGAAGAGAUGAGUUAGAGAAACUCAUCCUCUUCCAGUUAAACGCCGGCGGCGACGUCCAAGGCAAGGGAGAAACAACUUUGGCUUCUUUCGGGGAUUUUCUCAGGGAACUAGAGGCGGAGAGAUUCGCCGGAGAAGCUGCAGCAAAGGUGGCUGAGGAAGAGGAAGAGUCUCGCCGGAGAUGUCGCAAGUGGAGGCCAUCGUUGGAGAGAAUUACUGAAUGGCCUGAAGAAGCACUAUAGUAAUCACUUUUUAAAUCCUUUUUAGAUCAUUAAUUAAGGUUUUAUUUAAAUUUCUUUUUCUAAAAUAGGAUUUUUUGUGGGGGAAUUUGCAUUUGCUUGUUUUUAUUUCUUUUUUUUUCCGAUGGAUUUUUUUCACCUGAGAAAUGUUUGGUUCUCAGCGUGAGAUAUCUUCGGUGUUUGAAACUGGCAAAUGCUUAUUUACCCCAGAGAAAAUCCAGAAAAACAUGAAGUUAUGUAUUGCAUUUUCGUCUCUCAUAUAUAAGGUUCAGUGUGUAAAUUGUCAAACACAAAUAAAGUAGUUGUUUAGUAUGCAUCA